AUGCAUUCCAAGGCCGCCCUCUCUGCUCUCGCCCUGGCCAUCCACGGUGCCACGGCCCAAUUCGAGGCUUGGGCUUUCGGCAACAUGUUCACUGUCGGUCCCGCCUCGGGUAACAGAAACUGGAUCGCGAAGGCAACCUGGUCCCUCACGCCGCCGCCGCCGCCCACCGAUUCCACCGCGCCGUGCGGUGAUAACAUGUUUGUCUCCAUCUGGAUCGGCAUCUCCCCUACGGCUUCCUCUGGAACUCUCGUACAGCCGCUUCUGAAUUGGUCCGUCAAUCAGAAGUCCCAAGGCUGCGACGCUGCCGAUGACGAGUGGUGUGUGGAUGCCAGCACGUUCACCGUUGAUACCACCGAGGACAAGAAGGCCUCCCAGAAAGUCUGGAUUAAUGGCGAGCUCGUGUCCUCUCAGACGGAUACCAUGGACGGAUACCCGGCGUACCUGUACUCCAGCAACGAGUGCUACAAGGACCAGUGCGGUUCCAUCAACGCCUACUUCUGGGACAACGUAACCAUCACCCUCAACGAGGCCGAUGAGAGCUUCGGCAAGAAUGUCCAGCUCAGCGGUUCCAGCGGAAGCUUCUCGACCUCCGACGACGGCAAGACUUGGACUGGAACCUUCAAGAUCGAUGCCGACCACUUUCCCGCCCCAUAA